AUGAUCCCUCUCUGUUUUAAAGCAGAUGAUGUGUUGUCCAUGAUGGUGUCUAUAUUUUGAUUCAUCAGGACAGUUUUCCACUCGGUCUCCUGUUCCUGGAUCCCCAUGCAGUGAUUCCCACUACAAAGUCAUGUUAGUGUUUAACGCAGUGCAGUCCGUGAAUCCGUGCUCUUACUGUGUGUGCAGACUCACUGCCUCUGAUCCGGCCUUGGGGGACCAGUUUCAGUGUCUCUUUGAAACUGAAACGGUUCAGAGUAAAGAAGAGGAGGAGGAGGAGGAGGAGGAGGAGGAGGAGGAGGAGCAUUUUUCCUUCUUUCCACUGAGAGGGAGUGUUUCACCGCUCAACAUCACGGGCUGGAUCUCUCAUCUGUCAAACUCUCUUUUAGUGCGGGUGCACGUGCGUGCACGUGGGACAUCUGCACGUACAAAUACGCACGCACCUCCCUCCUCUUGCUCUAGUUCCGUAGUCCUGCAGAGAGUUAGGCGCGUGAAGAUCAGAGGGACUUAAACUUCAGAGGAGAGAGGAGCACGCGGUGCACACUCACCUGCUCAGGUGAUCGAUCACAUAUCAAAUAAGGACGGACUGAUCGGGAUUAGGAGUCCUCUUUUAAGUCCGCAGGGACACGAACCGCACCGCUCGAGGACAGCUGUUGCUGGAGGAAGGCGAUAAUAUUAUUAAUAAUGAUGAUGAUGAUGAUGGUGAUGACGACGAUGAUGAUGAUGACCGUGCUUUCCCUGCUCCACGCGCUCCACCUUUGACCAGCACGGGUUUAAGAUGCCACCGGGCCCCGGAGCUCGGCUCGUGGUUCGGAUCGUGAAUAACCCGGGAUAACAGACUGAAACAAACGCUUAAGUACCAGAGCCGGGAGUCCACCCCCGAACCAGGACGAACCGGGACGAACCGGGAGGGAGAGGCCGGGACCAGAGAGCGGAGCGGCGGCGGCGCAGAUCUAGAGAGAAGCGCGAAGGAAGGAGGAGGAGAGGUGAGUCUGAACAAUAACGCAGUUUAACAAGAGAGGAAACUUCUUUAAAGAUCAUUUUAGUUAAUGAAACAAACUUUGGAGAACAAUCUGAGUCCGUAUUUUACUACUUUAAAACUUUAAAUGAAAGUUGUUUUGGAUCCAGUUCAGACCAUCAACCACAGUGGUCCUGAGCAGGGGCGUAUCUAACUGAACUGUCACUGGGUGGUCCUCCUCAUCCAUCGGUCUGAUGCACACUUAGACAUGAUGUUGCCUCCCAGUGUCUCUCAGUUUGGAUACAUUUUUUGAGUUUUCCUUUCACUCUGCUCCUUUUCCUCUCUGCUGAGGUGACUUUACUUUACUUUGGCUCUUUUCCGACAUCCUGCGGUGUCUCGGCCACCUUGAAUGGCCUCCAUUUCCUUCCUUUUUCUUCCACACAGUCCACUCUGGCUCAGGACUGUUUGGAGUGAUAAACGCUGAGUUUGCUAAUGUUUCUACGGUGAACUGAAUCUCCAGACUUUAUGCUGCAUGGUGGCUCUAGAACAACUCGAUUUUCAUUAAUCGUUUAUCUCAAAUACAGAUCGAACUGUUAGGGUUAUUGGCAUGAACAGCGUGGCGAAAGUUUGACUCACACUCUGACAAUCUGGUGAAAAGAAGGCUAACCGAUUUUUCCACAAGCCUCGGCCAAAACACACUGAAAAUAGAUAAUCUGAGGGCUGAAUCUGUAAUACUUAUGCAACAGGCAUGAAAGAAUUCAGCAUUGUAUCAUACUGGGAUGCUUUUCAAAGCAAAAGCCUGAUCCGUUUCCCCCGUGGAGAGACACUUCUUGUUUUUACAGUAUGCUUUUACUUUGAAAUUACAUCCAGGAUGAAUUAAAUAAUAACUUUCCAUUCAAGGAUCAAUAGAGUUCUUCUUAUCAGUCUCAGGAUGGUUAUUUGGUAAAAGAGAUGACUUGUAUAACUCUAUUGGAGCCUAAGAUGAACUUUUGGCAGAAAACGAAGUCAAACUUUCGAAAACCAAAUCAGGCUGUUUGCAGGUAAAAUGCUUUUAUUUUGAAAUAUUGUCCAGGACAACUCUUGGUCGUCAUCAGCAGCUCUCCCCGUGAAAACCAUGAGACAUGUCUGAGAAGAGCGUGUGCAGUAAAGAGCGUGUGCAGUGAUGCUGGGAGCAAUCUUCAGUCUGUUUUUCUGCUCCCCCAGGUCCUCAGGAUGCGGCUCCCACAGCUCUCGGUCCUCUCGGCGCUCCUUGUGCUGCUGCUGGCAGCAGGUCGCUGCACGGCAGCAGCCCUGCUCAGGGGCUCCGGGACCCGGGGGGACGGGCGCAGUAUAAUGGAGCUGAGCGGCAGGUACCACAGGACGAGGCCAGUGGCAGAAGUUGGAAGACAGGGAGUGGAUUCCUCAGAGAGAGACAGUAGGUCACACCACAGAGCGGGUCGAUGUUCGUCUUGAUUUAAGUGAUCCCACCACUACAUAAACAGUUUAUACUGUAAUAAAACAGUGCAGUCAGAUCACGAUACAGUGUACAUAAAGAUGAUAUCUUUAUCGCUCUGCGGCCUGUGGCUCCUGUCUCAACUGAGGAAGUCUUUCUUUAUGAAUAAUUACUCAAAUUAGGAGCCAAUGAAUGAAUGAACUUGUACACCCUGAUCUGACAGAGUGAAAAAACAAAACAGGUCUGUUACUUCAGCAGAGAGUUUGUUUAUGACUUAAUGCUGCAGCCAGAAGAGACAGGAGCAGCUGGAUGAGUGAAUCCAUUCUUAAACUCUGCUGAUAAUUAGUUUUUUAUUUUGGGUGUUAAUGAUCCAAAUCCACUUUUUUAACCAAUAAUUUCAGAUAUAAAAUAAAAAGAAUCAGCACAGACUCACAAAAGAGACUGAGCUUUCAUUAAGUGUUAUAUAACAUGACAUUUAUUCACACUAUAAGAUAGUAAAUAACACAAUAAGAUAUAAUUUACACAAUUUAUGUGAUGAAAGGUCAUGUCAUUUUAAAUCAUAUCUAAUAUCAUAUCAUAUUAUGCUAUGUAAUGCCAUGUUAUAUCAUGAUAUACUUUACUUUCAUUAUUUCAUGUCAUGAUAUGUCUUAUCUUGUCAUGUCAUGUCAAAUCAUAUCAUAUUGUAUCAUACAUUUGAUUAUUUCAUGACAUACCAUGACAAAUCAUUUGAAUCAUCUCAUAUUACAAUAUGUCAUGACAUGUCAUUCAUUAUAUUAUCUUAUAUUUUGCAAUGACCUGCCAUAUAUUUGCUUUAUCAUAUCAUAUAUCAUAUCAUAUCAUGUCAUGUCAUUGUUCCCCAUUAUAUUGUAGGGGAGACUGGGGUAAGUUGAGCCACCCCCUGUUGUUUGGAAAUGGUCAAAGAAAUUGAUCAUGUGACCAAAUAUUAAGGAGACGGACAUCAAUUCAUGGAGUGUGUGAAGGUUAGAAGCACAUGGGUGAAGGGGUUAGACAUUUAUUUACAAAACAACAUUUUUCUUCACUCUGUAAAGGGAAUUUAGUCUGUCAUCAGUUUGAUUAGAAUUGUGUUCAUAAUUUUAAAUUUGUUUUAUACAUCAAUUGUGGUAACUAUGAGCAACAACAUGUGGUCAAUGAGCUACAACAUAAAAGUCCACCAUUUUAUCUUAGAGGACUAAUAAAGUCAUCGUAGUAGUUCAGGGGUAACUGAGAAAGUAAAGGAGUCUGAUGAGAGGAUCAGAGUUUACGUUUAGAUUAUUUCAAUGUUUGACUUUUUCUUUUCAAAAAUACAGAUCUGUGAAUGUUCUCAAUCACUUAAAGACAUUCUCAUGUUAAAAUGUUUUUUCUACAAAACAUCUUUUUCUGUUUCUGUUGGUUUGCAGGGAUGAACAAUAUCUUGAAAUAUAUGCAGAUACACUAGUUAGAGACAAAACUAGGAUUGUCUUGAUGGAGUGAUACGAAAUAUGAAAAAUGGAUCGUCUUACCCCACUCUCCCCUAUUUGUGUUUUAUUGUCAUACCCUGUUGAAUGGUUUUUGAUGUCAACAGCCAUUGUGACUCAAGUUUUAACUUGUCAUUUCAGAGAUUCCCCUCAGAGACCCUCACCAUAAGGAGAAGUUCAUCAUACUCCUGACAGGUAAGACCCACUUUAGAAAAAGGCCUUUAGUUUACUGAGGGGGCUGCUGAUCUCCUACUACCUUUAUAAAAUGAAUAAUUGAGUCACAGCUCCGGCCUAAUUUUUUUUCCUCCAAGGUUUAUUCCAGUUUUUAUCAGUGUGGCCCGUUGUAUUGGAGGAGGGUGAUGUAACAGCUGGUUAGAAAUGGUCUUUUUCUUCAUCAAACAGGUCUGUCUUUCUGAGGAUCCUCUCUGUAAUGUCGUCUAACACACUUGAAUAACAGUCUGAGCCUGUCAGGGACCAAAACAGUAACUUUUAUUUGGUCCUAAUUCUGUAUGAGAUCUAUGAAAAUAUUGGCAAUAUAAAAAAUAAAACUCCUCACACUGCUCUUCAUAUCUCCUCCUGGGGGUUCUCAUUUGAGGUGUUAAGGAGGAAGUUGUUUCUCAACUACUCCAGCAGCCUAUUAAGGAGAUUUUACGAGCAGAUCCGUGUUUUCUCAGUCAUGCAUGAACCUCGAGGCACACUUCCUCUGAUCUGCAGGUGGCCAUAAUGAAGACCAGGGGCAACCUGUAAACAAUGGCAUUCCCAAACAGAUCGCACAAAGAAAUAAAAGAUGAUGUUUGCAGGUGUUUUCAUUUUAAAGGAAAUUCACCCAGUAUGUUUGUUAGAGAUGAAGGAUUUGGAGCAUAUGAAGCGCCCUGACCUGGUUGAGGAUCCUCACAUCUUCUUGAGUGUCUCUGCUGGUUGAUUUGAACACUCAAUGAGCAGUUUUAAACUCAAAGUGAGUAAACAUCUCCUGUGCCCCAGGUCUUCAAACACUGCAGCCUUAAAUAUAUCAGCCGAUCAGACAAGGAGAGCCAUUAUUCCAAUCCGAUCCUGCCCACAAGAAUCCUCCAGGUCAUCUGAGUGUUGGCGCUUUGGAUGUUCUUUGCAGAUUGAGUUCCUGUUUGUCACCUUGUUUUAUGACUUUAUCAUGUGUUAAAAA